UGCCAUUUUAAUUGCUCGCACUAAAUUAGCCCAACAUUCUCCUCGCUUCCUCCUCUUUCUCUCUCUACGCCCUCGUCUCCCUCUCUCUCUCUCUCUCUCUCUCUCUCUCUGCAUCUUCUUCUUCUUCUUCCAGUGCUCGGCUCUCUCUUUUACUCAACUGCUCACACUCCCCAAACAACCAACCCACCUCCAUCUCCAUCUCCAUGUGGUGCUGAGGCCGGAGCAGCAGCGAGGAAUCGGAGCGGUAGCCAUGGCGCCGUGAAUUCGCGCGAGGACGUGCGAUCUCUGAGAGAGGGGGGAGUGUAGUGCUCGAGUGAGUGAUUCGGAGGCGGUGCUGCAGCUGCGGCGGCGUUCGGAGAUGAGGCAUUGUUGGGGCGGUGCUUCCUCCGUCCUCCGGCUCCUCCUCGCGUUGCAGUGCGGGGUGGUGGUGGUGGUGUUGCAGUGCUCGGCGAAUGCGUUGGGCAGUGACGUCUCGGCGCUCAUCGCGUUCAAGCGCGCAAUCAUCGAGGACCCCCGGUCGGCGCUCGCGGACUGGAGCGAUGCGGACGGGAACGCCUGCGACUGGCACGGGGUGAUCUGCUCCUCGCCGCAGGGCUCCGUGAUCUCCCUGAAGCUGUCAAACUCGUCGCUGAAGGGAUUUAUCGCGCCUGAACUUGGACAGCUGAGCUUCUUGCAAGAGCUGUAUUUGGAUCGCAACAUGCUUUUUGGGACAAUUCCGAAACAGCUAGGUUCACUGAGGAACCUUAGGGUCUUGGAUUUGGGUGUUAAUAGGCUUACUGGUCCUAUACCUCCUGAGCUGGCUGGAUUGAGCAGCGUAAGCGUAAUAAACUUUCAUUCCAAUGGGUUGACUGGGAAUAUACCUUCAGAGCUGGGCAAGCUACAGAAUCUUGUUCAGCUGAGGUUGGACAGAAAUAGACUGAAAGGAUCAAUUCCUGGAAGCAAUGGUUCUGGUUUUUCUCCUACGGCCAAUAGUGGAUCCACGGCUCACAAUGGGCUAUGCCCUUCUCCUCGAUUAAAUGUUGGAGAUUUCUCAUACAACUUUCUUGUUGGAAAAAUCCCACCGUGCUUGAAGUAUCUUCCAAGGUCAAGUUUCCAAGGGAACUGCUUACAGGAUGAGUACUCUGUCCGGCAGCGGGCUUUCCAAAUUUGUAUAAGUGGUUCUCCGGCUGGCCAGCGAGGUGGCGUAAAGGGAUUCAAGCAUCCCACCUCUGACCAUAAACAUGAAAGAUCACCACAACCAACAUGGCUUCUCAUUUUAGAAAUUUCAACUGGUAUUCUUCUGCUUGUAUUUGUGAUCACUGGUGCAAUUACUGCUUCCAGAAGUUGCAAGCUAAAGCCAUCGAUAAGAAUAUCCUCGUGGAACAGAUCAAAAAGUUGGAGUGAUGAGAUAACAGUGCUGAUCGAUUCUGAUAUGCUGAAAAGCCUGCCAAAGUUAAGUCGCCAAGAGCUUGAAGUAGCUUGUGAGGAUUUUAGCAACAUUAUUGGUUCAUCUCCUGAGACAGUAGUGUACAAAGGAACCAUGAAGGAUGGACCUGAGGUUUCUGUCAUAUCAUUAUGUGCCUUUGAAGGUCAUUGGACUAGCCAACAUGAACUAUUUUACCAAAACAAGGUUAUUGACCUGGCAAGGUUGAAUCAUGAGAACAUAGCAAAAUUUCUGGGCUAUUGCAGAGAAAGUGACCCAUUCUCCAGGAUGCUAGUGUUUGAAUACGCAUCAAACGGGACCCUGUUUGAGCACCUACACUAUGGAGAAGGAGCUCAGUUAUCUUGGCUCAGACGAAUGAAAAUAGCCAUUGGCAUCGCGCAGGGUCUAAGAUACCUGCAUACCGAGUUGCAGCCUCCAUUUGCUAUCUCUGAGCUGAAUUCCAACUCUGUAUAUGUUACUGAAGAUUUUACUCCAAAGCUGGUUGAUUUUGAGUGCUGGAAAAUGAUGUUCACCAAACAAAAACAUGAGAAGGCUCCUGGCCGCAUCAAUAACAAAUCCUCUUUCCCUGGCCACUUGGAUUCUUCAGAGGACAAACAAGCAGACAUCCAAGGCAAUACAUUUGCUUUUGGAGUGAUUUUGCUGGAGAUCAUCAGUGGACGGCUUCCUUAUUGCAAGGACAAAGGCUAUUUGAUUGACUGGGCCAUCAAGUAUCUGCAGCAGACAGAGGAGAUCGGUAAGCUUGUCGAUCCUGAGCUGACCAAUGUCAGAACAGAGGAUCUCAUGGUGAUCUGCAGCGUAGUGAGCCGCUGCAUCGACCCUGAUCCAUCCAAGAGACCAUCGAUGCAGAUCAUCACAGGAGUUCUGGAGAACGGGAUCGACUUGUCGGCAGCCGCCAUCCUGAAGGAAUCCUCUCUAGCAUGGGCUGAGCUCGCCCUGGCGUUGUAGCAUACCAUUCUUACCGCUGUAAAUUCGUCCGUCACAUCACACACUAAUAUUUAUCUGAUCAUGGCCAUUGCAUGCUCGGAAUAUAGAGGAGCUGAGACGCACGAGCAGGCAGGCACUAGUUCAGUUUGGUCGUGAUACUGUAUUGACUGUUUUUGACUCAUAAUGCUGUAUGAUUUACAGUUGAUUGCCGGUAUUGCACAGCAGGUGUUUCUUCAAUGCCUCACCGGUCUAACGAAAUUCCUUUGUUCGCC